GCUUUUAUCCGCCCAACGAAAAAAAGAAGAGAUUUGAAUUUCCAGAAAACGCUCACGGGAGAAAGCUGAAAGGCCACAUUGUUUGUCGUCGUCACUACAUGUCUUUCCGAAUCGCUGUUCAAAUAGUAACGCCGUCAUAAAACGUGGUUUUUCCGUUUCGGUUUCGCUUUCGAUUCUGAAGAAUCUCUCCUAACUUCAAAGGUUCGAUGGUCGACUUCAACAAAUGAUAUAAUUCGAUUUUGGGGUUUCGUAGUAAAUUACGGAUCUGUCAUAAAGCUCUCUGACAAGUUCUACAUCUUGAUUCCUAUUUUUAACUCAUCAGGAGUCAAAUGCGUUGAAUGAUUCUCAUCCAGCAUCCAGCAAGCAAGCAAUCAAAGUGGUUUUAAGUAGGUUUCACUUUCCAACACUCUUCUUACAAACUCUUUUAAGCUUUGAUACUGGGAGAUUACACACAACCAAAAAAUGAAGAAGCUUUUCUUUUUCAAAUCGUCAUCAUCUAGUAAUGCCACUGAUAAACAUAUUCUCCGAGAAAAAGAAUCAAAAACUAGUCCAAAGAAGAGUGGUGGUGGUGGCCACGCUCUUAGACGAAGCCGUUCACUUUCUUCCGCUGCUUUUCUCGUUGAUGGAACCAGUCAACAGCGAACUCAUUCAUCUCGUUUCAGAUGUUUUACACCGGGAAGCCAAGGAGGAGAAGACGGUCACAUGUACAAUGAUUAUUCAUCUCCAACUUGUUCUAGUAAUCUCUCUACCCAUGUCUUGGACCGUUUCAUUGAUGGAGAAGAGCAUCAUUGUAAGCAAAAGAUCUCUUCUUCUUCACACAGUGAUUCUUCUUCUUCACACAGUAAUCAUCACUCAGGGAGUGUCAAAGGAAGGAGGCUCCCACCUCGAGUUCAAACCCCUUCUUCACCACUAUCACAUCAUGUCCAAGAAAAUUGUAUGAAAGAUGCAUCAGCUCCUUCACUUUCAAGAAGCGUACUCACUCAUAGUAAGGCAUCGAGUUAUGACUCAAAAGACUUUGAUGUUUACGCCAAUCUUGUUCCAUUCUCUGACCACAAAGAACCGAUGAAUGGAUAUUACACCAGUGACCACCACACAGAGCAGCAAGAGCUGUUCUUGCAAGGUGAGAAUGUUUGUAAAGAAGGCGAGCUAGAGAAGAAGUAUAAAGAAGCUGAGAAGAGAGUGAAGCUGCUUUCUCAAGAGCAGAAGCUUUUUUCAGACAGUGACUUUGACGUAUCAUCUUUGGUUGAUGAUGAGAGGGUAAGUUUGGCUUUGGAAGUCUUAACUCUUCUGCGGUCACAGAUGGAUGAAAGAGCUUCCGCUAAGGAAGAGAUCAAACGAGCAAAGACUGAUUCAGAGUUGCAUAUAAAGAGACUUGAGAAAGAGAAGAGCGAGUUACAGUUUGAACUGGAGAAAGAGCUUGAUAGAAGGUCAGUAGAGUGGACUUCGAAGCUCGAGAGUUUCCAGAUAGAAGAGAAGAGGCUGAGAGAGCGUGUCAGAGAGCUCGCUGAGCAUAAUGUCUCACUCCAGAGAGAAGUAUCCACUUUCCAUGAAAAGGAAUCCGAGCGCAUCGAUAUGAUGAGAAACAUGGAGGAGAAAGUUAAUGAGUUGAGUGAAACAGCAGAGGAAAGGGGUCAAGAAAACGUGUAUCUUACGCAAAACCUCUCCAAGUUACAAGAGAGUUACGCUGGUGCUACGGAAGAGCUUGAUUGUGUGAGAAGAGAGUUUGAGGAGAAGGAGAUGGAGUGCAAGGAGUUGCACAAAUCUGUUGCGAGGUUGGUUAGAACAUGUGGGGAACAAGAGAAGACGAUUCAGGGACUUAGAGAUAGUCUCUCCGAGGAAACUGAGAAGCAACCUUCUGAAGAUAUGGUGAAGAGAUUGCAGAUGGAGCAGAUAAGGUUGACAGGGGUUGAGUUCUCACUCAGAAAGGAGGUGGAAUCAAUGAAGCUCGAAGCUGAUUCACUACGUGUAGAGAAUGCUUGUUUGCGGAGCUAUGGCACUAUGACGACUUUCAAGCUAGACAAUGAGAUGAAGAUGCGUGUAUGCCUCUUGCAAGACCAAGGGGUUUCGAUGUUGAGUGAGAGCACGCAGCUGUGUUACAAGUUGCUCAAGUUCAUCAAAGAGAGAUUAUCUGAGGAGAUGGGUAAUGGGUUGAGUGAGCAGUUUCUGAUUGAGUCUGAGAUGAAUGUCCAUGGAAUACGGCGUGGAACUGAAAGCCUCAAGAGGAGUUUGCAGACAGUCAACAGUUUGUUGCUUGAGAAAUCCAAUGAGAUUGCAUCAAACUCAGAAUCACUGAUGUCUAGUGAGCAAAACAACCAAACUGUGGAGAAACUCCUGAGAUCUGAACUGAGAGCAGAGACUCUAGUGACGAGUUUGUUAAGAGAGAAACUGUAUUGCAAGGAACAAGAGAUUGAGCAGCUGCAAGCAGAAGUUGCAGCAAGUGUACGAGGUAACGAAGUUCUCCAACGUGAAAUCCAGAACGUCUUAGACAAGCUUUCAAUAAACACACACCAACUAAAAGACCUCAAGAUUCAGAUGGUGAAGAAGGACGAGAACGUGAAGCAGCUUGAAACCAAUCUCCAAGAAGCUGCUAAACAGUUUACUAGCAUGAAAGUUACAUUAACAAAAGUGUUGGAGGAAAAUAAAGAGAUGAGUAAGGAAGUAAAGGAAUGCAGAAAGAGAAACACAAAUUUGGAGUCAGAGAAGGAGAUGUUGAAGAAAGAGGUGGAGAGAUUGGAGGAGGACACACUCCUCAAGGAAGGUCAGAUCACGAUACUAAAAGACACGCUUGGAAGCAAGCAUUUCGAUCUACUUAGCAGUCCUGACUUCUCAUAUAACGAGUUCUUAGUCCAAUAAGACAAGAAGAUAAUAGAUGUAUAGGCUUAUGUUUCUUCUUUUGGUCUCUUUUAGAUUGUUUUCUCAAACUUUUUUGAUAGCUAAUAAGAUCCACCCUUUGUACAAUGAACAGAAAGAACAUAGAUGCAUUAAUCUAAAAGUUUUACUGGAACACCAGUACAAAACCAAUCUACAAUACACCAUGAUUAGGAUUGUGAACCAAGACUAUACCAUACUUUACAUUAUGUUGGGAAAAAGCCAACCAACACUUUCAGCAUUCAAGUUUGUUCAGGUGAUGACUGAGACCCUCUCUAUAUCCAAAUGCAGGUUAAAGCAAAAAAAAAAACAAAAC